AUGUUGCAUGAAACUCAGUCUUACAAGUCUUUUGAUCCCGGAGUAUUUAGAGGAGAAAAACACUCCACUAAAUACUGCCAUCACAGCUGCAACCGCUUGCGCAUCACUGCAGAUGGCAGUCUGAGGGUGUGUUUGUUCGGGAACUCUGAGGUGUCCCUGAGAGAUGUGUUGCGCUCGGGUGCAUCACAUGAAGAGCUGCUGCAAAUCAUCGGAGCUGCUGUAGGCAGGAAGAAGAAACAACACGCAGGCAUGUUCAGUAUCUCCCAGAUGAAGAACAGGCCCAUGAUCCUCAUUGCAGGCACCACAUCCCAAAGGCCGCUGUCUCUGCCAAAGUCAGAAGACAGCCACAGAGCUUCCCCCAGUGUUUGCCAGCUUAUGAACGACACAUUUCUCUGUCCAGUAGCAGCCCGUGGCAUGGGCCUUUCAGGCAGCAGGAGAGUCCUGAACGGAGACGGUCUUUUGUGCCUUCCAGACUGCACUGCUAGAACCUUAAUGAGUGUUAGGUCGCAUAUCAACACAGAAAAAACGACUGCGACAGACAACAUCUCCCGUGUAGCACCCCUUCACUCCUCUGAUUUUGGUGAUGGCCUCACUUUCACCGGUUUUCACACUAAGACUGCAAGUUUUACAAAUGUCACAAGCUACACUAACAAAGACUGUCUCAGGUACGCACAAGCCAGGGGUCCCAAUGCUUUGAGGAGCCACUUACUCAGGACCCCAGGAGCACCUCAUUUUUGCACACUACUAAUUAAUGACAAACUGCAUGUUAAACACCACAGUGUUCGACUGUGUCACAAUCAAAGUUCCAGCGAAGACCCCAGUGGCACACGCCAGCUGUUUGUGAGUGAUCAGGCCGAGUCAGAUAUCAACGGUGAAGCCCAGCUAACGCACACAGAUGCCCAGGGUCGAGCCACAAUGGUGGACGUUGGAGGGAAAGUUCCCACACGUCGCACAGCCACAGCCUGCGCCACAGUCAUCUUGGGCCCCGCUGCCUUCCGGCUGCUUCGGGAUAACCAGCUGGCUAAGGGUGACGCCUUGGCAGUGGCGCAGUUGGCUGGUAUCAUGGCUUCCAAGCAGACCUCAGCCCUCAUCCCGCUCUGCCACCCGCUGCCCUUAGACCACGCCUCUGUCACCUUUGACCUCAAUGAGCUGCAGAACGCCGCGGUCAUCACGGCAACGUGCCGCACUACGGGCAGGACAGGAGUUGAGAUGGAAGCUUUGACAGCUGUCUCUGUCGCAGCGCUGACUGUCUAUGACAUGUGCAAGGCAGUGAGCCAUGACAUCAUCAUCACGGAUGUUAAACUGAUCAGUAAGACGGGCGGGAAGAGAGACUUUUAUCGUUAUCCUUGACCUCCUCCCACACCAAAAAAUCCAUCACUGGAAUACAGAGUGUCAUUUUUUUUUCAAUUUUUGCUUACAGUGUCACUUAUCCCACACAAUAUGAAUCAAGUUAUCGGUCUUAAAGGUCCAGUGUGUAGGAUUUAGUGGCAGUAGUGAAGUUGCCGAUUGCAACCAAAUGAAUUCUCUCCCACACCUUAUGCUCUUCUUCCAUGCAUUUAAGAAAAACUCUAAAUUCACAUGAAAAGCAAAAAAGCUCAUAUCUAGAUCAGUGUUUGGUUUGUCUGUUCUGAGCUACCGUACAAAAAUUGCAGUUCAACAUGGUGGACUCCGUAGAAGAGGACCCUCUGCCACUGUAGAUCUUAAGGGCUCAUUUUGAGACAGCAGAAAAACACAACAGUUCUUAUUUUCAGGUGAUAUUAAUGAAUAUUGUGUAACAUUUCUGUCAAUAGAUACUUCUAAAUCUGACACACUGGACCUUUAAUGUUAGGCAAAUAAUGUCAGUGUGUCAUACUUUUCCUGUCAUACACAUCUGAAAGAUAGUGCAUCAAGUGAACAGCUUGUAUGAUGACGUGUAGAGCUGCAGUGUUUCUUUUAGUCCCUAGAGGGCGCUCUAUUACUGUCUCAAGCCUCAGCAACAACAGACUGAAGGAGACUUUAAAGCUGUUGACACACUAAAUGUCUUAAUAGCUUUCAUGCACUUUGAAGAUAAAUCCAUUUAGAAUGAAGUCCAGGUCGAACUCCAUGCUCCUGUACUUACUUGCUCUGAACAGCUGUGAUUAACAGCACAAAAGUUUUUACCAUCAUGUUUUGGGGUUAACUCAGUUGUAUGAAAUAAAACUUCUCUGAGAAACUUCUCAU